AUGUUCCCGCAACGAAGAAGCGGUCGUUGGACUGACCAAGAAAAGCAGCUUCUUGAAACAUUGGUUCAGACCUAUGGUUACAACUGGAGGCUAAUCGCAAUACUUAUGCAGCAAACGCGCGAUCAGCGUCAGAUUCGGGAACAUUACCUUAAUCACCAGAAUCCCGCAAACGCAGAAUUACAUCAUCCGAAUCCAAAAGAAUUCAGGAAUUGUUUAGGCAAUAUGGUCGUCAGUGGAAACUUAUCGCUUCAUUUUUCCCUGGCUUCAGUCCUAUUAUGGUGCGUAAUCACUGGAACAAUCUUCAACGCAAACGGAGGACAAUCCAAAAUAUUUCGUCGAUUUUGGAAAUUGUCACAAAAUCAACAACCGGACUUUGCUCCAUUUGGAAGUUAUCAACAAUUGGACCAUCAUCAAUUUGGGGAUAACCAGCAACAACCAGCUCUUUCUCCUCCUUCAGAUAGCAGUC